GACAUGGCAAAAGCAGAAAUGAGAUGAGUAGCAGAGGGAAAAGAUGGUCUCUCAAGGGAAAGACUGCUCUUGUCACUGGAGGAACCAAAGGCAUAGGACAUGCUAUAGUAGAAGAAUUAGCAGAAUUUGGGGCAGCUGUGCACACAUGUUCUCGCAACCAAAAAGAGCUUGAUCAGUGUUUACAAGAAUGGCAGAGCAAAGGCUUCAAAGUAACUGGAUCUGUAUGCGACGUAUCAAAUCGAACCCAAAGGGAAAAGCUUAUAGAUGUAGUUUCCUCCAUCUUUGAUGGAAAGCUUAACAUUCUUGUCAACAACGCAAGGGACAUGUAAAUUUUAAAAGAAGCCUUAAAAGGAUAUGGGCUGAAGACAUUUGACCAUUAUGAGUACAAUUUUGAGUCAGCAUAUCAUCUAAGUCAGCUUUCGCAUCCUCUCUUAAAGGCAUCAGAAUAUGGAAAUAUUGUAAAUAUCUCUUCCAUUGGAAGCAUUGCUGCUUUCCCUCUUGGUGCUCUCUAUGCAGCAUCCAAAGGAGCGAUGCAGCAAAUUACAAAAAAUUUGGCAUGUGAAUGGGCAAAUGACAUGAUUCGAGUUAAUGCAGUUUUACCAGGAUUUACAGAUACCCCUCUCUUAGAUUUUGCAAAGAAAAGUUGGGAUAAUCCUGAAGUUGAGGAGCAAAUGACUCGUAGUAUCCCUCUCUCUCGAGAAGGAAAACCUGAAGAGAUAGCAUCAGUGGUGACAUUCCUUUGUUUACCUGCUUCUGCAUAUAUCACUGGCCAAAUUAUAAUUGCUGAUGGAGGAUGUACUGUGAGUCGCUUCUAAAUUUUUCCCAAAUAAUAAAAACAAAAUAGUAAUUAUUUUUGUUGUAUUCUGAAUUAGACAAUAUCUAUUUUAGUAAUUAAAAACAUUUAAAUAAAGUUUCAAUCUGUGGAGAAACCAUAUGUAACGUGCUAAUUCUAUUACUAGAAGUGUUAAUUUAAAUUGG